AUGUCAGAAACUCUGAACAUGACGAGCCUUCGCCGAGAGGAAGAUGGCAUCAAUAAGCCCUGCAUUUUCCGAUGGGACGUGCACUGUGACGCAUGGGGUCCUUCGGGCUUUAUGCUCUUCAAACAUACACCAGAAGGUCUGAAAAAUAUCGAAGGAAAUCACCGGUCCCCACCUCCCGAGACUUUGGAGUAG